UGAAAAUUAAACAUGAAAUAGUGACGUUUUACACAAGGACAACAACAAUAACAAAACCAGCUGAUUUCACGACGCCAAAUUUAGAAUUUUUUAUGCAAUCACCAAAGAAAGACACAUACUUUAUCAUUUUAUUCAAAGAAAGCAUCAACAAGAUAAAAGACCACUCAUGACAGAUGCAACCCUCUCAGCUGACAGAUGGCAAACUCCCACUGUUUGUCUUCCCAUCAAACCUGACAUUUUAUUCAGAUGACCAGUCAUCACAUAAACAAAUACUGACUGUGUAUAAUCCUUAUGACUCUCCUUUAAAGUUUAAAGUGUUGUGUACAGCACCAAGAAAAUACACAGUUGUUGAUUCAGAAGGCACUAUUAGGCCAAGAUGUUGUGUUGAUAUAGUUGUGAGACAUAUUGAUAUUAAUAUAAACAAUGAAGGGGUCAAAGAUAAAUUCAGAAUACAAGUGGUGGAACAUGGACAAAAGAAAGUUAUUGGAAAGAAAGAAAUUAUAUCGGUAUUGCUGCCUAGAAAAGAAAGAUCUGUACAACCAGAGGAAAACUUCCAGUCUCUGCCUUCAUCUACAUUGCCUGCUGAUAGAUCUCAAAGCCUUUCAUCCAGACCAAGUAGAUCUGAGAAUAGUGGUGGGCCCAGUCUGUUUGUGAUUAUUACUGCCCUAGUUUGUAUUAUUGCACUCAUGCUACCACAGCAGGGUGAUAUCGCCACCCGUCUUCCAGACUACUUGCAUUUGUCAGUACCACAGAAACUUAUAGCUGCAUAUAUUUUAGGAUUGGUUACUAUGGUGAUAUUACAUGUGUAGUGAAUUGAUGAAGUUAGUGAUGCUUUUCCUUAUUUGAAGCUACCAUUUUGUGAUAAAGUGUUUUUAUUACUGUUUUAAUUAACAUAUUUAUAAACACCUUCUGGUCUUUUUUAAGGGUAAACUUUUUUUAUUCGAAUUAACCAUAACAAACUUUAGAAUUACAAUUAACUGAUUAUUCAGUUACAGAUGUAUAUGCUUGCUAAUGACUAAAUUUUCAACAGCAAAAGAUAUGUUUUGUAAAGAUAUUUAAAAAAUUUCCAUAAUCCAUAAAUUAAAUAUCACAUUUGUAUAUCACAGUAUCUUUUUGUUUACAGCAUCUUGAAAUAUUCUAAGACUAUCAGCAAAUGAAAUAAAAUAAUUAUUAAAGAGAGAAUUUCUAAACAAGUAUUUAUGAAGAAGGGAGAUAACUCAUUAGAUAAACUUAAAUAUUUAGAGAUUUCAAGUUCAUGUAUGACUUCAUAUUAUAUACAAUAAAUGAAGAAGUAGCAAUUAUUUAAGGUGGGAAUCACCUUAUGAUAGUCACUGUUUGGGUCUAAAAAGUAAAAUAUCAUGAAAUAUACAGAAAAUAUAUUGAUUGAAAAGUAUGACAUGAAUGGUUUAACAAGGGUUUUUUUUGUUGGUUUUAGCUUAAUAUUUGUAUGAUUUAUUUCUCUGUACUUUUGAUUUUAUUUCAUUGUAAGAUCUGUAAGUCUUCUGUUUUUAUAGAAUAGCGGUAUUUUCAAGUUUUUGAUUCAUUUGCCAUCAUUUUAGCAUUUGAGUAAAAGUAACAAUUUAUAUUUGGACCAAUUGAUUGCAGAAUGUGUUGUUUGUGAAAUAUUUGUGUUCAUAACUUAAAAAGUAGUAUCAUAUAAACCUAAAUUUGUUGUAUGUAGUAUUGUAUUUUAUUUAUAUGCAUUCUGAACAUGUGCAAUAAAUUUGUUUUAAAACAA